AUGCUCCAGAGAAGCAGAGAACCAGAGAGACUGAAGUGUGUUUGUCUCAUGUUCUCCAGUGUAACUGUAAAGUACCAUGGUAAGGCGUCUCAUGCCUCAGCCUACCCCUGGGAGGGAAUCAAUGCACUGGAUGCCGCGGUGUUGUGCUACAACAACCUCUCUGGACUGGAGAGUUCAUGGUAUCAUAAAGCAUGGUGGAGUGAAGCCAAACAUCAUUCCUGCCUACACUGAGCUGGAGUACUAUCUGAGGACCCCGUCACGCUCUGAGCUUCCUGUCCUGAAUGCUAAAGCUGAGAGGUGUUUUCGAUCAGCUGCUUUGGCAACUGGCUGUGAGGUCCAAGUAGAAUUUGCAAGAAAUAAAUUUGACAACAUGCUGCAUAAUGCUACACUCGAGGAACUGUAUGAGAGAAACGGAAAGGCUCUGGGGAUGGACUUCACCACAGAAGAAGACGUCCUCAGUAAUAAGUCUGGGAUGAUCUAAGCUAAGGCUCUGGCCAUGACGGCGUUGGAUGUGCUGCUGUGUCCAGAGCUGCUGCAGAGGGUGAAGCAGGAGUUCACAGAGGCCAAACUGAAGGAGGACAGGAGGCUGACAGGAGAGCACACAGACAGCUGCUGUUCACUCUUACAAACACUAACAAUUUUGUUUUACUUUGUGUUCAUGUGUCGACUUUGUUGGUGGUUAGAAAUUUACUUUCACUAAUCAGUUAAACUGAAAAGAAAACUUUCAAAGUGACGCAGGAAAAUGACAUCUUUAAUGAACUCUUCCCUUUGAAGAGAGAGACACAGUUAUGUCUGAUGUUAUGAAAAACAGGAACUGAUUUUUAAAGUGCCUUAUCUCUUCAAUGGUUUGUAAUGCAGAGUAAAGGUGCUGUAUGUUGAAGUGGUGAUUCCUUGAGUCCUGGGACAAAAUCACCAGAGAACAGAUGAUCAGAUAUAACCAGACAGGACCCUGGACAUUAAAAGGGUAUAAAUCCCCAUCAAAUGAUGCCACUUCGGACAAGAAAAACAACAUAAAACAUAAAGUCAGUAACAAUAUAUAUUGAUAAUAAUAAUACAAAUUUAGUUGUUUUAUCUGUCCAAGGGGCAGCAGUCUUGUCUAACACUGGCGUAUUAACAGUGAUGUUAAUCUCUGUGCAUCGAUCAAUAAAAUACAAAUAAAUAUCAAUAAUUAAUUAAUUGCUGAAUUUCUUUUGUUGACAGUCUGGUUCUUCUUUUGAUGUGCCACUGAAAAGUGUGAUGUUUACUGCAUGUUUUAGUCCUUGUUGCUUCAUGUAGUUUAUAACAUGUCCAGUAGGGGGCAGUGAUAUCGCAUCAUCAUUAACUGCACGUUUGGGGUGUCAAAGAGAAGGUGAAAGGAGGAGGAAGAGAUGUAACUAACAGUCAGGACUGCGGCCUGAUUUGCAGUAAGUGUGUUUGGUCUCCACUUUCUGUUAGCAUGUAAUUGUGAUGUCAGGGAGCCAAGAUGGAAACCAUGCAUUUAAUUUAUUAAGCAACAAUAAAGCUGUA